AUGGUCGUUCCUGCUGAGGGGAAGUUCCUGAUUUAUCCCAUGUAUUUAAAGGGGCCUUGCAGAAGCGGACUACAAUUUGUGGUCAACGGCAUCAUCACAGGCGCCGCUGACGUCAGCAGCUAUCCGAAACCCGCGAAGCCGAGCUCGUGGGCUUUGUUACUGUUCAACCGGAUAUCGAAUCUGGAGAUUUUGGGCGGCGGAGUGAUGGACGGCGCGGGGCAGGGAUUCUGGAAGUUUCCUGGGCAGCAGCGGCCGGCGCUGCUGUCGAUCACGAAUUGCAACGGAGUCACGAUUCGCGAUAUUCUCUUCACCAAUCCUGCACGACAGCACCCCCAACACGGACAGCAUUCUCCUCAGCGGGUGGUGAAUGGCAUUGUGCGGAACAGCAGGCUGGAAGGAGGUGAGCAGCAAGGAAGGGAGAUGAGUAGAAAGGAGGAUGUGGGUAAGAAAAGGAUCGUGCCCUUUCUGUGUUUUCUCAACCACCCCUGUCCAGGUGACGACAAUGUUGCCAUCAUUACCGGCCUCGGUGGUGAUGGGGAGUUGGGAUGUGUAUCGGACGUGACAGUACGGAACGUGAGCUUGUGGGGAUCCAAGAACGUCCCUCUAUCCCCUCCUUUCUCCAUCCCCUCUCCCCUACCCCCUGCUGUAACUCUCCCCCACCCCAGUAUCGGCAGCCUCGGUGGUGACGGGGGAGCUGGGAUGCGUAUCCGACGUGACAGUAAGGAACGUGAGCUUACGUGGUUCCAACAACGGCCUCCGAAUCAAAACCUACCAGCAGGGAGUGGGUCUCGUGAGCACGUAACAUAUGAGGACGUAACCGUAACCGACGUUACAUGGCCGAUUCUCAUCAACCAAUUCUACUGCGACAAAAAGACAGCUUCAGCCAGCAGUUGCCAGCUCAGCAGCACGGCUGUAGCGGUUACCAACGUCCGUUACAAGAACAUCCGUGGCACGGCGAACGGAACGGUCGGCGUGCUUCUAAACUGCAGCCAAUCAGUGCCUUGCUCUGGGAUAUCCUUUUCGAACGUCUACCUGACCUCCUCCCGCAAACCCAAGCCAGCCAAUCAGUUGCUCAGCACUACCCUCAAGGAGAACAGGGUGGGGGUCAACUCAGUCAACGGAGUCAACGGGGCUGAUCAAGACUCUUUAGAGCUGCUGAACCAGGAGACUCAAGUCAACAGGGUCAACAAGGGGUUAGGACCAGUCAACGGAGUCAAGGGGCCAGUUCAGACCCAUCUGAUUGCAGUGUUGAACAACGCGUAUGGAACCACGGACGUCAAGACAGUGUCGGUGUUCCUAGCAGAGGCGCGGUGGGACGGUGCAACCCCCCCUGCUGCGGCGAAAGCAGCCAUCAGCAGCAUGGCUGCAAAAUGCAUACCAACACCCAUUUCAUUGAAGUCAGCUUUGGCGGCCAGCAUUGAUGCGGGAGUUCACUCAUCCAAUUCUAUCAACGGCGGCAUCGCUGGUGCUGCCAACGUCACCUCCUACCCCAAGCCGCGCAAGAGCAACGCAUGGGGUCUGCUGUUCUUCAGAGAGGUUCCCAACCUGGCAGUCACGGGAGGGCGGGUGGAUGGACGGGCGGGGGGCGGGGUUCUGGGCGCGGGGCAAGGGCAGCAAGCGGCCGGCGCUGCUGUUCUCUCUCCCGAUGCGAUAACGCUACAGUCCAGGACUGCAGGGUCCCUUCGUGCCUCUUUUGAGGUUCUGGGCGCUUGCCCGCAGCCCCCUUUCAACUCAGCAGCAUCUCUCCCUGUUCCAUUCAUCUCUCCCUGUUCCAUUCAUCUCUCCCUGUUCCAUUCAUCUCUCCCUGUUUCAUUCAUCUCUCCCUGUUUCAUUCAUCUCUCCCUGUUUCAUUCAUCUCUCCCUGUUCCAUUCAUCUCUCCCUGUUUCAUUCAUCUCUCCCUGUUCCAUUCAUCUCUCCCUGUUUCAUUCAUCUCUCCCUGUUCCAUUCAUCUCUCCCUGUUCCAUUCAUCUCUCCCUGUUUCAUUCAUCUCUCCCUGUUCCAUUCAUCUCUCCCUGUUUCAUUCAUCUCUCCCUGUUCCAUUCAUCUCUCCCUGUUUCAUUCAUCUCUCCCUGUUCCAUUCAUCUCUCCCUGUUCCAUUCAUCUCUCCCUGUUCCAUUCAUCUCUCCCUGUUUCAUUCAUCUCUCCCUGUUCCAUUCAUCUCUCCCUGUUCCAUUCAUCUCUCCCUGUUCCAUUCAUCUCUCCCUGUUUCAUUCAUCUCUCCCUGUUCCAUUCAUCUCUCCCUGUUUCAUUCAUCUCUCCCUGUUCCAUUCAUCUCUCCCUGUUUCAUUCAUCUCUCCCUGUUCCAUUCAUCUCUCCCUGUUCCAUUCAUCUCUCCCUGUUCCAUUCAUCUCUCCCUGUUCCAUUCAUCUCUCCCUGUUUCAUUCAUCUCUCCCUGUUCCAUUCAUCUCUCCCUGUUUCAUUCAUCUCUCCCUGUUCCAUUCAUCUCUCCCUGUUUCAUUCAUCUCUCCCUGUUCCAUUCAUCUCUCCCUGUUCCAUUCAUCUCUCCCUGUUCCAUUCAUCUCUCCCUGUUUCAUUCAUCUCUCCCUGUUUCAUUCAUCUCUCCCUGUUCCAUUCAUCUCUCCCUGUUCCAUUCAUCUCUCCCUGUUUCAUUCAUCUCUCCCUGUUCCAUUCAUCUCUCCCUGUUUCAUUCAUCUCUCCCUGUUCCAUUCAUCUCUCCCUGUUCCAUUCAUCUCUCCCUGUUUCAUUCAUCUCUCCCUGUUCCAUUCAUCUCUCCCUGUUUCAUUCAUCUCUCCCUGUUUCAUUCAUCUCUCCCUGUUUCAUUCAUCUCUCCCUGUUCCAUUCAUCUCUCCCUGUUUCAUUCAUCUCUCCCUGUUCCAUUCAUCUCUCCCUGUUCCAUUCAUCUCUCCCUGUUCCAUUCAUCUCUCCCUGUUUCAUUCAUCUCUCCCUGUUCCAUUCAUCUCUCCCUGUUCCAUUCAUCUCUCCCUGUUUCAUUCAUCUCUCCCUGUUCCAUUCAUCUCUCCCUGUUCCAUUCAUCUCUCCCUGUUUCAUUCAUCUCUCCCUGUUCCAUUCAUCUCUCCCUGUUUCAUUCAUCUCUCCCUGUUCCAUUCAUCUCUCCCUGUUCCAUUCAUCUCUCCCUGUUUCAUUCAUCUCUCCCUGUUCCAUUCAUCUCUCCCUGUUCCAUUCAUCUCUCCCUGUUUCAUUCAUCUCUCCCUGUUCCAUUCAUCUCUCCCUGUUUCAUUCAUCUCUCCCUGUUCCAUUCAUCUCUCCCUGUUCCAUUCAUCUCUCCCUGUUCCAUUCAUCUCUCCCUGUUCCAUUCAUCUCUCCCUGUUUCAUUCAUCUCUCCCUGUUCCAUUCAUCUCUCCCUGUUCCAUUCAUCUCUCCCUGUUCCAUUCAUCUCUCCCUGUUCCAUUCAUCUCUCCCUGUUCCAUUCAUCUCUCCCUGUUUCAUUCAUCUCUCCCUGUUCCAUUCAUCUCUCCCUGUUCCAUUCAUCUCUCCCUGUUUCAUUCAUCUCUCCCUGUUUCAUUCAUCUCUCCCUGUUUCAUUCAUCUCUCCCUGUUUCAUUCAUCUCUCCCUGUUUCAUUCAUCUCUCCCUGUUCCAUUCAUCUCUCCCUGUUUCAUUCAUCUCUCCCUGUUCCAUUCAUCUCUCCCUGUUCCAUUCAUCUCUCCCUGUUCCAUUCAUCUCUCCCUGUUUCAUUCAUCUCUCCCUGUUUCAUUCAUCUCUCCCUGUUUCAUUCAUCUCUCCCUGUUCCAUUCAUCUCUCCCUGUUCCAUUCAUCUCUCCCUGUUCCAUUCAUCUCUCCCUGUUCCAUUCAUCUCUCCCUGUUCCAUUCAUCUCUCCCUGUUCCAUUCAUCUCUCCCUGUUUCAUUCAUCUCUCCCUGUUUCAUUCAUCUCUCCCUGUUCCAUUCAUCUCUCCCUGUUUCAUUCAUCUCUCCCUGUUCCAUUCAUCUCUCCCUGUUUCAUUCAUCUCUCCCUGUUUCAUUCAUCUCUCCCUGUUCCAUUCAUCUCUCCCUGUUCCAUUCAUCUCUCCCUGUUUCAUUCAUCUCUCCCUGUUUCAUUCAUCUCUCCCUGUUUCAUUCAUCUCUCCCUGUUCCAUUCAUCUCUCCCUGUUCCAUUCAUCUCUCCCUGUUUCAUUCAUCUCUCCCUGUUCCAUUCAUCUCUCCCUGUUCCAUUCAUCUCUCCCUGUUCCAUUCAUCUCUCCCUGUUUCAUUCAUCUCUCCCUGUUCCAUUCAUCUCUCCCUGUUCCAUUCAUCUCUCCCUGUUUCAUUCAUCUCUCCCUGUUCCAUUCAUCUCUCCCUGUUUCAUUCAUCUCUCCCUGUUCCAUUCAUCUCUCCCUGUUUCAUUCAUCUCUCCCUGUUCCAUUCAUCUCUCCCUGUUCCAUUCAUCUCUCCCUGUUUCAUUCAUCUCUCCCUGUUUCAUUCAUCUCUCCCUGUUUCAUUCAUCUCUCCCUGUUCCAUUCAUCUCUCCCUGUUUCAUUCAUCUCUCCCUGUUCCAUUCAUCUCUCCCUGUUCCAUUCAUCUCUCCCUGUUCCAUUCAUCUCUCCCUGUUUCAUUCAUCUCUCCCUGUUCCAUUCAUCUCUCCCUGUUCCAUUCAUCUCUCCCUGUUUCAUUCAUCUCUCCCUGUUCCAUUCAUCUCUCCCUGUUUCAUUCAUCUCUCCCUGUUCCAUUCAUCUCUCCCUGUUCCAUUCAUCUCUCCCUGUUUCAUUCAUCUCUCCCUGUUCCAUUCAUCUCUCCCUGUUCCAUUCAUCUCUCCCUGUUUCAUUCAUCUCUCCCUGUUCCAUUCAUCUCUCCCUGUUUCAUUCAUCUCUCCCUGUUUCAUUCAUCUCUCCCUGUUCCAUUCAUCUCUCCCUGUUUCAUUCAUCUCUCCCUGUUCCAUUCAUCUCUCCCUGUUCCAUUCAUCUCUCCCUGUUUCAUUCAUCUCUCCCUGUUCCAUUCAUCUCUCCCUGUUCCAUUCAUCUCUCCCUGUUUCAUUCAUCUCUCCCUGUUCCAUUCAUCUCUCCCUGUUCCAUUCAUCUCUCCCUGUUUCAUUCAUCUCUCCCUGUUCCAUUCAUCUCUCCCUGUUCCAUUCAUCUCUCCCUGUUUCAUUCAUCUCUCCCUGUUCCAUUCAUCUCUCCCUGUUUCAUUCAUCUCUCCUGUCCAUUCAUCUCUCCCUGUUCCAUUCAUCUCUCCCUGUUCCAUUCAUCUCUCCCUGUUCCAUUCAUCUCUCCCUGUUUCAUUCAUCUCUCCCUGUUCCAUUCAUCUCUCCCUGUUUCAUUCAUCUCUCCCUGUUUCAUUCAUCUCUCCCUGUUCCAUUCAUCUCUCCCUGUUUCAUUCAUCUCUCCCUGUUCCAUUCAUCUCUCCCUGUUUCAUUCAUCUCUCCCUGUUCCAUUCAUCUCUCCCUGUUCCAUUCAUCUCUCCCUGUUUCAUUCAUCUCUCCCUGUUUCAUUCAUCUCUCCCUGUUCCAUUCAUCUCUCCCUGUUCCAUUCAUCUCUCCCUGUUCCAUUCAUCUCUCCCUGUUUCAUUCAUCUCUCCCUGUUCCAUUCAUCUCUCCCUGUUCCAUUCAUCUCUCCCUGUUUCAUUCAUCUCUCCCUGUUCCAUUCAUCUCUCCCUGUUCCAUUCAUCUCUCCCUGUUUCAUUCAUCUCUCCCUGUUCCAUUCAUCUCUCCCUGUUUCAUUCAUCUCUCCCUGUUCCAUUCAUCUCUCCCUGUUCCAUUCAUCUCUCCCUGUUUCAUUCAUCUCUCCCUGUUUCAUUCAUCUCUCCCUGUUUCAUUCAUCUCUCCCUGUUUCAUUCAUCUCUCCCUGUUCCAUUCAUCUCUCCCUGUUUCAUUCAUCUCUCCCUGUUCCAUUCAUCUCUCCCUGUUCCAUUCAUCUCUCCCUGUUCCAUUCAUCUCUCCCUGUUCCAUUCAUCUCUCCCUGUUUCAUUCAUCUCUCCCUGUUUCAUUCAUCUCUCCCUGUUCCAUUCAUCUCUCCCUGUUUCAUUCAUCUCUCCCUGUUCCAUUCAUCUCUCCCUGUUUCAUUCAUCUCUCCCUGUUUCAUUCAUCUCUCCCUGUUCCAUUCAUCUCUCCCUGUUUCAUUCAUCUCUCCCUGUUCCAUUCAUCUCUCCCUGUUCCAUUCAUCUCUCCCUGUUUCAUUCAUCUCUCCCUGUUCCAUUCAUCUCUCCCUGUUCCAUUCAUCUCUCCCUGUUUCAUUCAUCUCUCCCUGUUCCAUUCAUCUCUCCCUGUUCCAUUCAUCUCUCCCUGUUCCAUUCAUCUCUCCCUGUUCCAUUCAUCUCUCCCUGUUCCAUUCAUCUCUCCCUGUUUCAUUCAUCUCUCCCUGUUCCAUUCAUCUCUCCCUGUUCCAUUCAUCUCUCCCUGUUUCAUUCAUCUCUCCCUGUUCCAUUCAUCUCUCCCUGUUUCAUUCAUCUCUCCCUGUUCCAUUCAUCUCUCCCUGUUUCAUUCAUCUCUCCCUGUUCCAUUCAUCUCUCCCUGUUUCAUUCAUCUCUCCCUGUUUCAUUCAUCUCUCCCUGUUCCAUUCAUCUCUCCCUGUUUCAUUCAUCUCUCCCUGUUUCAUUCAUCUCUCCCUGUUUCAUUCAUCUCUCCCUGUUCCAUUCAUCUCUCCCUGUUUCAUUCAUCUCUCCCUGUUCCAUUCAUCUCUCCCUGUUCCAUUCAUCUCUCCCUGUUUCAUUCAUCUCUCCCUGUUCCAUUCAUCUCUCCCUGUUCCAUUCAUCUCUCCCUGUUCCAUUCAUCUCUCCCUGUUUCAUUCAUCUCUCCCUGUUCCAUUCAUCUCUCCCUGUUUCAUUCAUCUCUCCCUGUUUCAUUCAUCUCUCCCUGUUCCAUUCAUCUCUCCCUGUUUCAUUCAUCUCUCCCUGUUCCAUUCAUCUCUCCCUGUUUCAUUCAUCUCUCCCUGUUCCAUUCAUCUCUCCCUGUUCCAUUCAUCUCUCCCUGUUUCAUUCAUCUCUCCCUGUUCCAUUCAUCUCUCCCUGUUCCAUUCAUCUCUCCCUGUUCCAUUCAUCUCUCCCUGUUUCAUUCAUCUCUCCCUGUUCAUUCAUCUCUCCCUGUUCCUGUUCCAUUCAUCUCUCCCUGUUCCAUUCAUCUCUCCCUGUUCCAUUCAUCUCUCCCUGUUCAUUCAUCUCCCCUGUUUCAUUCAUCUCUCCUCUGUUUCCAUUCAUCUCUCCCUGUUUCAUUCAUCUCUCCCUGUUCCAUUCAUCUCUCCCUGUUCCAUUCAUCUCUCCCUGUUCCAUUCAUCUCUCCCUGUUCCAUUCAUCUCUCCCUGUUCCAUUCAUCUCUCCCUGUUUCAUUCAUCUCUCCCUGUUUCAUUCAUCUCUCCCUGUUUCAUUCAUCUCUCCCUGUUCCAUUCAUCUCUCCCUGUUUCAUUCAUCUCUCCCUGUUUCAUUCAUCUCUCCCUGUUCCAUUCAUCUCUCCCUGUUCCAUUCAUCUCUCCCUGUUCCAUUCAUCUCUCCCUGUUUCAUUCAUCUCUCCCUGUUCCAUUCAUCUCUCCCUGUUUCAUUCAUCUCUCCCUGUUUCAUUCAUCUCUCCCUGUUCCAUUCAUCUCUCCCUGUUCCAUUCAUCUCUCCCUGUUUCAUUCAUCUCUCCCUGUUCCAUUCAUCUCUCCCUGUUCCAUUCAUCUCUCCCUGUUUCAUUCAUCUCUCCCUGUUUCAUUCAUCUCUCCCUGUUCCAUUCAUCUCUCCCUGUUUCAUUCAUCUCUCCCUGUUUCAUUCAUCUCUCCCUGUUCCAUUCAUCUCUCCCUGUUCCAUUCAUCUCUCCCUGUUUCAUUCAUCUCUCCCUGUUUCAUUCAUCUCUCCCUGUUUCAUUCAUCUCUCCCUGUUUCAUUCAUCUCUCCCUGUUUCAUUCAUCUCUCCCUGUUCCAUUCAUCUCUCCCUGUUCCAUUCAUCUCUCCCUGUUCCAUUCAUCUCUCCCUGUUUCAUUCAUCUCUCCCUGUUUCAUUCAUCUCUCCCUGUUCCAUUCAUCUCUCCCUGUUCCAUUCAUCUCUCCCUGUUCCAUUCAUCUCUCCCUGUUCCAUUCAUCUCUCCCUGUUCCAUUCAUCUCUCCCUGUUCCAUUCAUCUCUCCCUGUUUCAUUCAUCUCUCCCUGUUUCAUUCAUCUCUCCCUGUUUCAUUCAUCUCUCCCUGUUUCAUUCAUCUCUCCCUGUUCCAUUCAUCUCUCCCUGUUCAUUCAUCUCUCCCUGUUCAUUCAUCUCUCCUGUCCAUUCAUCUCUCCCUGUUCCAUUCAUCUCUCCCUGUUCCAUUCAUCUCUCCCUGUUCCAUUCAUCUCUCCCUGUUCCAUUCAUCUCUCCCUGUUCCAUUCAUCUCUCCCUGUUUCAUUCAUCUCUCCCUGUUCCAUUCAUCUCUCCCUGUUCCAUUCAUCUCUCCCUGUUCCAUUCAUCUCUCCCUGUUUCAUUCAUCUCUCCUGUUUCCAUUCAUCUCUCCCUGUUUCAUUCAUCUCUCCCUGUUUCAUUCAUCUCUCCCUGUUUCCUCAUUCUCUCCCUGUUCCAUUCAUCUCUCCCUGUUCCAUUCAUCUCUCCCUGUUCCAUUCAUCUCUCCCUGUUCCAUUCAUCUCUCCCUGUUCCAUUCAUCUCUCCCUGUUCCAUUCAUCUCUCCCUGUUUCAUUCAUCUCUCCCUGUUUCAUUCAUCUCUCCCUGUUCCAUUCAUCUCUCCCUGUUUCAUUCAUCUCUCCCUGUUCCAUUCAUCUCUCCCUGUUUCAUUCAUCUCUCCCUGUUUCAUUCAUCUCUCCCUGUUCCAUUCAUCUCUCCCUGUUUCAUUCAUCUCUCCCUGUUCCAUUCAUCUCUCCCUGUUCCAUUCAUCUCUCCCUGUUUCAUUCAUCUCUCCCUGUUCCAUUCAUCUCUCCCUGUUCCAUUCAUCUCUCCCUGUUUCAUUCAUCUCUCCCUGUUCCAUUCAUCUCUCCCUGUUCCAUUCAUCUCUCCCUGUUCCAUUCAUCUCUCCCUGUUCCAUUCAUCUCUCCCUGUUCCAUUCAUCUCUCCCUGUUUCAUUCAUCUCUCCCUGUUCCAUUCAUCUCUCCCUGUUCCAUUCAUCUCUCCCUGUUUCAUUCAUCUCUCCCUGUUCCAUUCAUCUCUCCCUGUUUCAUUCAUCUCUCCCUGUUUCAUUCAUCUCUCCCUGUUUCAUUCAUCUCUCCCUGUUCCAUUCAUCUCUCCCUGUUUCAUUCAUCUCUCCCUGUUUCAUUCAUCUCUCCCUGUUCCAUUCAUCUCUCCCUGUUUCAUUCAUCUCUCCCUGUUUCAUUCAUCUCUCCCUGUUUCAUUCAUCUCUCCCUGUUCCAUUCAUCUCUCCCUGUUUCAUUCAUCUCUCCCUGUUCCAUUCAUCUCUCCCUGUUCCAUUCAUCUCUCCCUGUUUCAUUCAUCUCUCCCUGUUCCAUUCAUCUCUCCCUGUUUCAUUCAUCUCUCCCUGUUCCAUUCAUCUCUCCCUGUUUCAUUCAUCUCUCCCUGUUCCAUUCAUCUCUCCCUGUUUCAUUCAUCUCUCCCUGUUUCAUUCAUCUCUCCCUGUUCCAUUCAUCUCUCCCUGUUUCAUUCAUCUCUCCCUGUUCCAUUCAUCUCUCCCUGUUUCAUUCAUCUCUCCCUGUUCCAUUCAUCUCUCCCUGUUCCAUUCAUCUCUCCCUGUUUCAUUCAUCUCUCCCUGUUUCAUUCAUCUCUCCCUGUUCCAUUCAUCUCUCCCUGUUCCAUUCAUCUCUCCCUGUUUCAUUCAUCUCUCCCUGUUUCAUUCAUCUCUCCCUGUUCCAUUCAUCUCUCCCUGUUCCAUUCAUCUCUCCCUGUUUCAUUCAUCUCUCCCUGUUCCAUUCAUCUCUCCCUGUUCCAUUCAUCUCUCCCUGUUCCAUUCAUCUCUCCCUGUUCCAUUCAUCUCUCCCUGUUUCAUUCAUCUCUCCCUGUUUCAUUCAUCUCUCCCUGUUCCAUUCAUCUCUCCCUGUUCCAUUCAUCUCUCCCUGUUUCAUUCAUCUCUCCCUGUUCCAUUCAUCUCUCCCUGUUUCAUUCAUCUCUCCCUGUUCCAUUCAUCUCUCCCUGUUUCAUUCAUCUCUCCCUGUUCCAUUCAUCUCUCCCUGUUUCAUUCAUCUCUCCCUGUUUCAUUCAUCUCUCCCUGUUCCAUUCAUCUCUCCCUGUUUCAUUCAUCUCUCCCUGUUUCAUUCAUCUCUCCCUGUUUCAUUCAUCUCUCCCUGUUCCAUUCAUCUCUCCCUGUUUCAUUCAUCUCUCCCUGUUCCAUUCAUCUCUCCCUGUUCCAUUCAUCUCUCCCUGUUUCAUUCAUCUCUCCCUGUUCCAUUCAUCUCUCCCUGUUCCAUUCAUCUCUCCCUGUUCCAUUCAUCUCUCCCUGUUUCAUUCAUCUCUCCCUGUUCCAUUCAUCUCUCCCUGUUUCAUUCAUCUCUCCCUGUUUCAUUCAUCUCUCCCUGUUCCAUUCAUCUCUCCCUGUUUCAUUCAUCUCUCCCUGUUCCAUUCAUCUCUCCCUGUUUCAUUCAUCUCUCCCUGUUCCAUUCAUCUCUCCCUGUUCCAUUCAUCUCUCCCUGUUUCAUUCAUCUCUCCCUGUUCCAUUCAUCUCUCCCUGUUCCAUUCAUCUCUCCCUGUUCCAUUCAUCUCUCCCUGUUUCAUUCAUCUCUCCCUGUUUCAUUCAUCUCUCCCUGUUCCAUUCAUCUCUCCCUGUUCCAUUCAUCUCUCCCUGUUUCAUUCAUCUCUCCCUGUUCCAUUCAUCUCUCCCUGUUCCAUUCAUCUCUCCCUGUUCCAUUCAUCUCUCCCUGUUUCAUUCAUCUCUCCCUGUUCCAUUCAUCUCUCCCUGUUCCAUUCAUCUCUCCCUGUUUCAUUCAUCUCUCCCUGUUUCAUUCAUCUCUCCCUGUUCCAUUCAUCUCUCCCUGUUUCAUUCAUCUCUCCCUGUUCCAUUCAUCUCUCCCUGUUCCAUUCAUCUCUCCCUGUUCCAUUCAUCUCUCCCUGUUCCAUUCAUCUCUCCCUGUUUCAUUCAUCUCUCCCUGUUUCAUUCAUCUCUCCCUGUUCCAUUCAUCUCUCCCUGUUUCAUUCAUCUCUCCCUGUUCCAUUCAUCUCUCCCUGUUCCAUUCAUCUCUCCCUGUUCCAUUCAUCUCUCCCUGUUCCAUUCAUCUCUCCCUGUUCCAUUCAUCUCUCCCUGUUUCAUUCAUCUCUCCCUGUUUCAUUCAUCUCUCCCUGUUUCAUUCAUCUCUCCCUGUUCCAUUCAUCUCUCCCUGUUUCAUUCAUCUCUCCCUGUUCCAUUCAUCUCUCCCUGUUCCAUUCAUCUCUCCCUGUUCCAUUCAUCUCUCCCUGUUCCAUUCAUCUCUCCCUGUUCCAUUCAUCUCUCCCUGUUUCAUUCAUCUCUCCCUGUUUCAUUCAUCUCUCCCUGUUCCAUUCAUCUCUCCCUGUUCCAUUCAUCUCUCCCUGUUCCAUUCAUCUCUCCCUGUUCCAUUCAUCUCUCCCUGUUCCAUUCAUCUCUCCCUGUUCCAUUCAUCUCUCCCUGUUUCAUUCAUCUCUCCCUGUUUCAUUCAUCUCUCCCUGUUCCAUUCAUCUCUCCCUGUUUCAUUCAUCUCUCCCUGUUCCAUUCAUCUCUCCCUGUUCCAUUCAUCUCUCCCUGUUCCAUUCAUCUCUCCCUGUUCCAUUCAUCUCUCCCUGUUUCAUUCAUCUCUCCCUGUUUCAUUCAUCUCUCCCUGUUCCAUUCAUCUCUCCCUGUUUCAUUCAUCUCUCCCUGUUCCAUUCAUCUCUCCCUGUUCCAUUCAUCUCUCCCUGUUCCAUUCAUCUCUCCCUGUUCCAUUCAUCUCUCCCUGUUUCAUUCAUCUCUCCCUGUUCCAUUCAUCUCUCCCUGUUUCAUUCAUCUCUCCCUGUUCCAUUCAUCUCUCCCUGUUUCAUUCAUCUCUCCCUGUUCCAUUCAUCUCUCCCUGUUCCAUUCAUCUCUCCCUGUUUCAUUCAUCUCUCCCUGUUCCAUUCAUCUCUCCCUGUUUCAUUCAUCUCUCCCUGUUUCAUUCAUCUCUCCCUGUUUCAUUCAUCUCUCCCUGUUCCAUUCAUCUCUCCCUGUUUCAUUCAUCUCUCCCUGUUCCAUUCAUCUCUCCCUGUUCCAUUCAUCUCUCCCUGUUCCAUUCAUCUCUCCCUGUUUCAUUCAUCUCUCCCUGUUCCAUUCAUCUCUCCCUGUUCCAUUCAUCUCUCCCUGUUUCAUUCAUCUCUCCCUGUUCCAUUCAUCUCUCCCUGUUUCAUUCAUCUCUCCCUGUUCCAUUCAUCUCUCCCUGUUCCAUUCAUCUCUCCCUGUUCCAUUCAUCUCUCCCUGUUCCAUUCAUCUCUCCCUGUUCCAUUCAUCUCUCCCUGUUUCAUUCAUCUCUCCCUGUUCCAUUCAUCUCUCCCUGUUUCAUUCAUCUCUCCCUGUUUCAUUCAUCUCUCCCUGUUCCAUUCAUCUCUCCCUGUUUCAUUCAUCUCUCCCUGUUCCAUUCAUCUCUCCCUGUUUCAUUCAUCUCUCCCUGUUCCAUUCAUCUCUCCCUGUUCCAUUCAUCUCUCCCUGUUUCAUUCAUCUCUCCCUGUUUCAUUCAUCUCUCCCUGUUCCAUUCAUCUCUCCCUGUUCCAUUCAUCUCUCCCUGUUCCAUUCAUCUCUCCCUGUUUCAUUCAUCUCUCCCUGUUCCAUUCAUCUCUCCCUGUUCCAUUCAUCUCUCCCUGUUUCAUUCAUCUCUCCCUGUUCCAUUCAUCUCUCCCUGUUCCAUUCAUCUCUCCCUGUUUCAUUCAUCUCUCCCUGUUCCAUUCAUCUCUCCCUGUUUCAUUCAUCUCUCCCUGUUCCAUUCAUCUCUCCCUGUUCCAUUCAUCUCUCCCUGUUUCAUUCAUCUCUCCCUGUUCCAUUCAUCUCUCCCUGUUCCAUUCAUCUCUCCCUGUUUCAUUCAUCUCUCCCUGUUCCAUUCAUCUCUCCCUGUUCCAUUCAUCUCUCCCUGUUCCAUUCAUCUCUCCCUGUUCCAUUCAUCUCUCCCUGUUUCAUUCAUCUCUCCCUGUUCCAUUCAUCUCUCCCUGUUCCAUUCAUCUCUCCCUGUUUCAUUCAUCUCUCCCUGUUUCAUUCAUCUCUCCCUGUUCCAUUCAUCUCUCCCUGUUCCAUUCAUCUCUCCCUGUUCCAUUCAUCUCUCCCUGUUCCAUUCAUCUCUCCCUGUUUCAUUCAUCUCUCCCUGUUUCAUUCAUCUCUCCCUGUUCCAUUCAUCUCUCCCUGUUUCAUUCAUCUCUCCCUGUUCCAUUCAUCUCUCCCUGUUCCAUUCAUCUCUCCCUGUUCCAUUCAUCUCUCCCUGUUCCAUUCAUCUCUCCCUGUUUCAUUCAUCUCUCCCUGUUUCAUUCAUCUCUCCCUGUUCCAUUCAUCUCUCCCUGUUCCAUUCAUCUCUCCCUGUUCCAUUCAUCUCUCCCUGUUUCAUUCAUCUCUCCCUGUUCCAUUCAUCUCUCCCUGUUCCAUUCAUCUCUCCCUGUUUCAUUCAUCUCUCCCUGUUCCAUUCAUCUCUCCCUGUUUCAUUCAUCUCUCCCUGUUCCAUUCAUCUCUCCCUGUUCCAUUCAUCUCUCCCUGUUCCAUUCAUCUCUCCCUGUUCCAUUCAUCUCUCCCUGUUCCAUUCAUCUCUCCCUGUUUCAUUCAUCUCUCCCUGUUCCAUUCAUCUCUCCCUGUUUCAUUCAUCUCUCCCUGUUCCAUUCAUCUCUCCCUGUUCCAUUCAUCUCUCCCUGUUUCAUUCAUCUCUCCCUGUUCCACUCUCCCUGUUCCAUUCAUCUCUCCCUGUUCCAUUCAUCUCUCCCUGUUCCAUUCAUCUCUCCCUGUUCCAUUCAUCUCUCCCUGUUUCAUUCAUCUCUCCCUGUUCCAUUCAUCUCUCCCUGUUCCAUUCAUCUCUCCCUGUUUCAUUCAUCUCUCCCUGUUUCAUUCAUCUCUCCCUGUUCCAUUCAUCUCUCCCUGUUCCAUUCAUCUCUCCCUGUUUCAUUCAUCUCUCCCUGUUUCAUUCAUCUCUCCCUGUUCCAUUCAUCUCUCCCUGUUUCAUUCAUCUCUCCCUGUUCCAUUCAUCUCUCCCUGUUCCAUUCAUCUCUCCCUGUUCCAUUCAUCUCUCCCUGUUCCAUUCAUCUCUCCCUGUUUCAUUCAUCUCUCCCUGUUUCAUUCAUCUCUCCCUGUUCCAUUCAUCUCUCCCUGUUUCAUUCAUCUCUCCCUGUUCCAUUCAUCUCUCCCUGUUCCAUUCAUCUCUCCCUGUUCCAUUCAUCUCUCCCUGUUCCAUUCAUCUCUCCCUGUUUCAUUCAUCUCUCCCUGUUUCAUUCAUCUCUCCCUGUUCCAUUCAUCUCUCCCUGUUCCAUUCAUCUCUCCCUGUUUCAUUCAUCUCUCCCUGUUCCAUUCAUCUCUCCCUGUUCCAUUCAUCUCUCCCUGUUCCAUUCAUCUCUCCCUGUUCCAUUCAUCUCUCCCUGUUUCAUUCAUCUCUCCCUGUUCCAUUCAUCUCUCCCUGUUUCAUUCAUCUCUCCCUGUUCCAUUCAUCUCUCCCUGUUCCAUUCAUCUCUCCCUGUUCCAUUCAUCUCUCCCUGUUUCAUUCAUCUCUCCCUGUUCCAUUCAUCUCUCCCUGUUCCAUUCAUCUCUCCCUGUUUCAUUCAUCUCUCCCUGUUCCAUUCAUCUCUCCCUGUUCCAUUCAUCUCUCCCUGUUUCAUUCAUCUCUCCCUGUUUCAUUCAUCUCUCCCUGUUUCAUUCAUCUCUCCCUGUUCCAUUCAUCUCUCCCUGUUCCAUUCAUCUCUCCCUGUUCCAUUCAUCUCUCCCUGUUCCAUUCAUCUCUCCCUGUUCCAUUCAUCUCUCCCUGUUCCAUUCAUCUCUCCCUGUUUCAUUCAUCUCUCCCUGUUUCAUUCAUCUCUCCCUGUUCCAUUCAUCUCUCCCUGUUCCAUUCAUCUCUCCCCAUUUAUUCCCUUUUCGCCCUCUCUCUCAGCAGCAGCAUCUCUUUCGUCCUGCUUCCUGUUCGGCUCUCCCCGUUUUUGUUUUUUCCUGUCCCAUUAUUGUGUACAGCAACCCAGGAAGCGCACACCUUAAGGUGUACAACAGUAACGGAUUGCUUAUAGAGAGGAUAACCAUUCGCAGCCCGUUCGACAGCCCCAACACGGACGGUAUUCAACUCUCCAAGGUCGAGCAUGCCGUUGUACGAGACAGCCAUCUGGAGAGUGGAGACGACAACGUGGCGAUCGGUGAUGGCUGCCAUAAUCUUCUGGUUGAGAAUCUCGUGUGCAUCAACGGUCACGGAGUGAGUAUCGGGAGCUUGGGCAAGGACCAAGACACGGCGUGUGUGUCGGAUGUGCUUGUAAGGAAUGUGAGCUUCACGGGGUCAAACAAUGCCCUGCGAAUCAAGACGUAUCAGGGAGGGAAGGGGCUUGUAUCCAACGUGACCUACAGAGACAUUCGAGUUUCUGACGUCACAUGGCCGAUAAUCAUCAAUCAGGUCAGCUAA